AUGUACCCAAGUUCAGCCAAGAGCAAGCAGCCAAGAGCAGCCAAAGUCCACACCAAGACCAGCCAAGCAGCCAACAGCCAAGAGCCAAGCCAAUCAGCCACAGCCAAGAGCCAGUCCAGAAGCCAAGAGCCACAAGUCCAGCCAAGAGCCAAAGUCCCCACGCAACAGCCAACAGCCAAGAGACAAGAGCCAAAGCCAAGACCACGUGCCAAGUCAUUAGCCAAGAGCGCAAACCCAACAGCCAAGUCGCAAACCAAGUUCCACCAAGCUAAGAGCUCAGAGCCAGAGCCAAAGCCAACGCAGCCAAGCCCACCUAGCCAAGGUCCAAUCAAGAGCCAACAGCAACAACCAACAAACAGCCAAGAGCCAGCCAACUAG